AUGGAUUUUUUAUCGAUAGCGUUUGAUCCACACUUUUACUUAUUAAAGGAGUGUUCAUCUCAAUCAUUCUGAACACAACAUGGCCAAAAGUUAUUCCGGUGGUGACUGCACAAAAUACUCCAGUGCUAUAAGUCAUUACGGCGAGCAUCAAAAGAUAUGCAAGUCCAACCCAAAGAAAAUAUAAGCAUCCAUAUCCUAAAUAAAACGCAGCCAGAUAUAUCAUUGUUUUAG